AUGAAUAACAACGACGUCAAAAAAACCAUAAUACCCGAGCAAAUUUUGAAAAUUUUUAUUGAUUCUUGUAUCCAAGAUGAACCACAAAAUCGCAUAACAGACAAAAUCAUUACUUUGAUUUCUACGAAUUAUACAAAUGACGAAAAACCAACAAAGUUAUUUCAGCUAGUCGCUCAAAAAUGCAACGAAAAUCAUUCAAAAUAUUUCGUAUUACUGGGUUUCUUUCACGCAUACGGGUUCGGGGCAGUAUGUAAUGAAGCGGAAGCAUUUAAAUGGUAUCUUAAAGCAGCUGAACAUGGAGACCCAAUUGGUCAAUUACGAGUCGCCGCUUAUUUCGAAUCGGGGAUAGGGAAAAAUAUAUCGAAGAGUAGAUACUGGUUCGAGAAAGCUGCGAGCACUGGACUCGCGAUUGCUCAAUAUCGCCUGGCCAGAAACUUGAGAAUAUCGACCGAAAUCGAUAACGAUGAUAUUUCAAAUUCGAUAUUUUGGUUGGAGAAAUCGGCGACAGCUGGAUUCGAUAAAGGAAUUCAUGUGUUAGCCUGGAUAUAUGGACGGGGAAAAGGCGUACCAAAAGAUUUAAAAAAGUCAUUGCAUUGGUAUCGAAAAUUGGAGGAUUCGAAAUCGGGAAAAGCGACGAAGAGCUUGGUGAUGUAUUAUUUGAAUGGGCUUGGUACGGCGAAAGAUAAACAUGAAGCUAUAAAGUAUCUGUAUCGAGCAUUGAAAAGUGGAGUUUAUUGUAAUCAAGUUUUAAAUGAAUUUAAUAAUUAUCGAUAA